ACUAGGGGUCUUUCUCGAGGCGGCUAGUUCGUGAGCGGUGAAUGCAGUGAACUUGACAUAAUUCUUGGCCAUUCGCAUUGCAAGAGAUCUCAUCUCGCAAAUAUUUUAAAACAAUUUUGACUAAAUGGAGGAGGUAGAUGUUGAGCCAACAACUACUUUAAUCCCAGGAAUAAACUCGAAAGAAAACCACGUUGGCUUCGUAUGGGGACCCGGAGACAUCCUAGUUUACGAGACAAGUCACAAAGCCGCAGGUAGACAACCAGUGGGACCGAGUUGUCCAGACGUACAGGUAGUAAGGAAAGAUGAAGACAUAUAUUCUCCAAUUUUGCGCAAACUCUUCAAUGAGUCCCAUCACAUCUUUGUUGGACUUCAGAAUAUCAGAGAUGAUUUGCCCAGCAAGAACAAAAAGCCGCAGUUUGUCAGUAUCAGCAAAAACUACAGGUCUGUUAUAAGAGCAUGCAUGGAAGAGCUCCAACAAAUCGCAGUGUCAACACGAGAUCCUGCACUAGCAGCACAGUAUGGCAACCAGGUAUCUAUUCUUUUGGCCGUGGAGCUAAUCUGGAACCUCUGUGAGGUGCUCUUCAUUGACGCUGCUCCAGCUGGCUCCUUGCUGCUCCACCUGCUGGACUGGGUACGGCUCCACAAGGCAGAGGUGGACGAGAAGGCUCAGGACGUCCUGCGUUGUGAGAGUCCCACACGCCACCAGUUUUUCUGGGAUGUGGUGAUCAGUUUUGUGCUGCAGGGGAGGAUGGAGGAGGCUCGGUCUAUGCUGGCCAAACAGGCCGUGCUGCAGCCUGCUGCACAGACCACGUUCAAGCGCAUGGACAACCUACUCCAGAGGAUGCCCAUUUACAAUUCCAACGGCACACAGACGCUGACAGAGUUUGAGGUGAAGUGGAGACAAUGGCAUGAGGAGUGUGACGCCUGCCUUCAGGACAACUCCUUCGCCAGCAACCCACACCUGGAGACCAUCUGUAAGAUCCUGGUGGGUGACGACGACACUCUUCUGGAGCACAAGGAGCUGCUGAGCACCUGGUAUCACUAUGUGGUGACCAGACUACUCUAUACUCACCCCACAGUCAAGCCCAUCGACCUACACUACUACGCGCAGAUGUGCAUGGACCGGUUCCUGGACUCCCGAAGUCCCCCUGAGCCCCUCGACAGCAUUCUUCUGGCAGCUUUUGAAUUUGACCUUCACCAAGUCAUCAAAGACUGCAGCAUUGCUCUCAACAACUGGUGGUUUGUGGCCCAUUUAACUGACCUGUUGGAUCACUGCAAGCUGCUGCAGUCCCAUAAUCUUCACUUUGGCUCAAACCUGCGCGAGUUCCUGCUUCUGGAGUACGCCUCGGGUCUGUUCACACAUCACAGUCUGUGGCAGCUGGCUGUGGACUACUUUGACCACUGCCAGGGUUUCGGACGGGUGUACCUGGAGCUGCUGAUCGAGCGCGUGCCCCUGGACACGGAGCGGAAGGCUCUGAAGGUGCUGCGGAUCUGUGAGAAGAGGCAGAUGAACGAACAGGUGCGCAGCAUCUGUAAGAUUAUGGCCAAGCGGGCGCUCCGGAACAACCGCCUGGGCUCCGCCCUCUCCUGGAGCAUCCGUGCCAAAGAUGCUGCUUUCGCCACACUCAUCUCAGAAAGGUUCCUUCAGGACUACUGCUCCCGCGGAACCUUCUCUGACCUGGACCUGAUUGACAACCUGGGGCCGGCCAUGCUACUGAGCGACAGACUCACCUUCCUUGGUAAAUACCGGGAGUUCCACAGGCUGUAUGGAGAGAAGCGCUUCACAGAGGCUGCCAAGCUCCUGCUAUCCCUCAUGACUGCUAAGAUUGCCCCACAGAGCUUCUGGAUGACCUUGCUUAUCGACGCACUGCCACUGCUUGAACAGAAAGAGGUGAUCUUCUCAGUGGAACAAACACAUGAACUGAUGUUCUGCUUGGAGGAGCUGACCUCUGGAAAGGCCCCACCAAACCCUGACCGACCCAUGCAGGAUGAAGACCUUGAGACGACAAAGAUUGAACUCCUCAGACUGGCGUUGGCUCGGAAUCUCGCCAUGGCGAUUGUGAAGGAGGGCACCGUGGAAGUUUGAGACUUGCUGGAGUUGAGACUUAACUGUGUUUAUUAUUUGUAUGUUUGACAUUUUGUACUUUGUGUGUGUAUAUAUAUAUAAUAAGGGCUGAAAUGGAAUCUUCGAUUCCUUGAUAAUAAAAUGUACCUAGUUUGUACACAUUUGUAAGA